AUGAACAGCAACAACAAACCAGAAGACAACCAAGCAGAACCUAGGAAAAGGGAAGGGGAGAAGAGGGAGAGAGAGGUGCAAUGGCUGUAUAGGAGUGGGAGGGAAGAGAGUGAGGAGAUCUGGGCCAACAUCAAGAAAAACAAAGGAGAAAAAACACACCAAACUAAACAAAAGCAAGGAAAGGUAAAGGCCACACCGGAGGGUGGCGGAAAAGCCACACCAGAGGGUGGCGGAGAGGCCACACCAGAGGUGGCAGAGAAGCCACCCCGAAGGGUGGCGGCACAGCCAGAAGCUCAGAAGAAAAAGAUGGGAAGGAGAGAGAUUCUAGAGAGAAGGUGCAAGGCUAUCAUUGAAAGGAGUACCAUUGACCCGGGCAAGGUUAUUGAGAAUUCACUAAGAGCUCAAAUGGAGUUUACUGAAAUCUGA